AUGUAAAGAAGCACUUUGAUAAAUGCUGUUACCUAUGCGAACAAAGCAGGCCUAGUUGUGAUAGGAACACUGAAGAGAGACAAUGUUGGACCUCAUUAUUCUGAGCAUUCAUUUCUUCAUCUGCUUUCUCAUCUCUGUUGUAAUCUGGUGUGGAUCUAAGGAUGUGGUUUUGCAUAGCUCAAGCAAGGGAACAGUUGAAAUGGAGCCAGAUGGUCUUGUACUAGUUGGAAAAGAAGAUGACAUAAAAAACUCCCAAAGAAUAACUGCCAAAGUCAAUGGCAGAGAAGUUGUUGUUUUCUACCAUGAAGGGAAAUUUCAUGCUUUGGACUCUCGCUGCUACCAUGAAGGAGGCCCUUUAAAUCUUGGAGAAAUAGAGGAUAUCGAUGGUCAACCAUGUAUUGUUUGUCCUUGGCAUAAGUAUGUAAUUACUUUGGAAACAGGAGAAGGAUUAUAUGAAGGAAUAAACCCUUUGGAGCCAUCACCAACACCUCGGUGGCAGUCAAAAGGAGUAAAACAAAGGAUUCACAAAGUUACAGUAAACAAUGGCAACGUUUAUGUGAGUCCUCCAGAUUUGUCUGUAAGCUUUGACUCUGAUUAUUUUGCUGACAAGUACAAAAAUAAUGGUGAUUUAGCUGUGAAAAAAAAGAGCAACUCACAGGCAGCAGAGUAAAUUGUGGCUAGAAAGCAAAAUGCUGGUGAACGUCCCUAUGAAGAAUCAUUAAAUGAAAAAGUAACAUGGCUGUAAAGACUGUUUUCAGAUUAAAUUCUGAUGUUUAUAUUAUGCAUUCAAUAAUGUAGAAAUUAGUAAGAUAAGAAGCUCUACUUAGUUGGGGAUAUGACUAGGCCUGCGCCAUUGAUUUUUUUUUUCUCUUGAAUUUCAAAAGGACUUACUUACAGCAGAGUGCAUAUCAUACUUUAUAUCUUAUAAAUUCUGUAUUGCUAGAAUUAUUUUAAUUUUCAAGAGGGGAUAUAGUAUAAUAUAUUAUUACUUAUGAAACAUUUAUGAAACAUUGUUUAAGGUAAAUAGUCUGGUGUAAAGGUUAUGUUUAUAUAUUUAACAGUUUAUGCCUUCUGUACAAAUGACAGAGAAAAUUUUAACGUUUUAGAUAUCUGAGCAAUCUGUGGAUGUUUAUAAAUCCAAAGGGCUACAUUUUCACAAGGAGAAGUACAACACUUGAGAAUAUUUUAAUGUGCUUUUUUAUGCCCAUUUGUGUAUUGCUACCAGAUGCCAUAGUAGCAUUUAUUCUCCUACUCCUCAUUGAACUCUUCUGGUAGUUCAUCAAAUAAUGUGAUGUAUAUUUGUCAUGUGUAACUUAUUCUUCCUGAUUCUGUUGUUGGAUGAGAAAGAAACUGUCAGGU